AUGGCUGCCCAAAGGCACGGAAGGGUGGCCCCUAAAAUUACUCAACCUGCUCGCCCUUCACCGCGGGGGAGCCAGUGGAAUAUGGACGUUCGGACUGCGGACCGUUUAAAACUCGUGAUCGUGGAGAAGGCUCCCAAGGCCAGGGUGCCUGACCUGGACAAGAGGAAGUAUCUCGUGCCCUCUGACCUCACUGUUGGCCAGUUCUACUUCUUAAUCCGGAAGAGAAUCCACCUGAGACCUGAGGACGCCUUAUUCUUCUUUGUCAACAACACCAUACCUCCCACUAGUGCGACCAUGGGCCAGCUGUAUGAGGACAACCAUGAGGAAGACUACUUUCUGUAUGUGGCCUACAGUGACGAGAGUGUCUACGGGAAAUAAACGCUUUGUCACUGCUUUACGUGCUCCUCAGAGCCGAAGGUGGAAGACUGCCUACAUCAGAAGAUAGCUGAGUGGAGGUGGGGGGUGCUUGUUAAAAUACAGAUGUCUAGGCCUUGUCCCGGGUUUAGCUGACUCAGAAUCUCAGCGUAGGCAGCUGUAUUUUUAACUGGCUCCUUGUGACUCUGCUGCACACCGAAGCUGCAGAGGCGCUGCACUGUUAACCCGGCUUCCCUGUAAGUCCCAAACCAGCCUGUUCGUUCCAUCACAUCCUGGUCUGUAAGAGGCCACCGUCUCCCAGAGCAGCGAAUGGCACCUCGAUGGCUUUUGGGCUUGGCACAAGCUUGGUGCCCCUUCCAACCUUAGGUUAGAACCUUCAGUCAGAAACCCAUAUGUAGGUGGUCAGGUGGGGUACAAGUUAAGAGACAGCAAGAAACAGAUGAGUGGAAAUUCCUUUCUGAAAGAAAUCAGGUGGUUCUGCUUUAUUCCACUUUUUUCCCAAUGCAAAAUUAUUUUUUUUCCCUAGAAAACCUAGUGCGCUUAAGAACGUUCAUAGGACUAUAUUGUGAAAUCAGGUUAAAAGUGCGAAAGAACAACAAAUGGUUAAAAAUGUGAAUAGUGGUGAUUAGGCAGACAAGUGCACCGCCAUGCUCAAACUCCAGGGGGCGCUCUGCCCUGCUGGUAUGUACGGCAUUCUCCAGAGCUGGGUAGGGUCUCUGUUUUGUUGCAUUCACCCUUUGGACAUAAUGUCAGUUAUUGCAAGUUGCGGUGAAAAUGUUCCACAUAUUAACCACAUAAUUCUUUAUGGUGUUUGUGUUGGUAACCACCCAAUAUAAUAGGUAUGGUGUGAUUUGAGGUCUUGUGUGUGAGUUGGGGAUGCUCUUGCCCAUGAAUACAGCCCCAAGUCAGCUGUAAUAACACACCAGUCAUUUCCAGAAAAAUAAACUAGUUGAUAAACUGUUUCUGUCCAGUUUUUUACUCAGUACAAAACUUGUAUUCA